GGACAAGCCAAUCUUCUGUAAUCUGUGCAAAACUUGGAAUUUCCAUUUUCUCCUUUCCUUGACCACCUGCACUCACUACUGCUGCUCUCACUCCCUUUCUCGUGACAGCAAGCGCCAACAUCGGCUCUCCCUCCCGUAGACGGCCAGCUGCUGCUCCAGUGUGCAUACUCUGCACCUGUCACUCUGCACCACCUGCGCUGAAGUCGAUCGAGCCUGCCUCUGCCACCAAUCAAUCUGAACGUCGACACUAGGCUAGCCCCCUUCGAUACCUAAACCAUCCCAUCCCGAGGUUCGUUGCUCUCGACUCUCACCUCUACCAUCCACCCAUCCACCUCCAGACCCAACUCGGUCCUGACCCUCGUUUUUUUUGGCUUGCAGCUCUCACCAUAGCACCUCAUACCCGACCAACACGACGUCCUUUGGAUACCAUCAAGCUUCAUCUCUCUCGUUGUGCCCUUUUGGACUUCUAAUUCAACCGUGUCUGCCUUCGAUCCUUCCCCUUCCACCCCCCUCUGUCAUACCACAUUCGAAAGUUGGAAUUCGCAAAUCGCAGACAAUCGCUUAAUUCACAACGUUUUCUUUUACGUUCAGUGGGACUGCGUUCCGAUUACUGUCACUACAACCAAUACCCUCUCUUCAGUUCCGCCGACCUCACGAAGAUUGAUCGCAAGCCCCUGGAAACUUCCCUCCACGCGUUAGGCGAGAGGUGAAAUUGCCAUUUGUUGAUCCCCACCGAGAUAGCAAUGGUCUCACCAGACUCCCUAAGUCAACCAAGAAAACCACCACAUAUAACUGUCAACUCCGGGAGUGGAGGCGACAUAGUAGGAGCCAUGCGUUCCGAUAGCUCCGUCGAACCGGGGACGCCAGGCGUCACCCGCGAAUUACUUCCUUCAAAAUCAGCAGCUUCGAGAAGCCAUCCAGGCUUAUAUGCUACGCCAUCCGUAGCCGAAUCCGCCGAGAUGCUGCUGCCACCCUCCAGAUCAGGGCGAACUCCAAAACCAUACAGUGAUCUCGAUAGUCCACGUACACCAUCCGACAUGUCGAGAAGGACAAGUUGGAGCUCGAAUAAUGGCUCGGAAGUUGGACGUAGGGAUAGCAGGCAUUCUCCGUUUGCCUCGCCGUUUGAUGAUUCGAGAGCUCCUUCAAGAGCGGGGAGCGACGAUGAGCACGUUAAUACACAGACGGUAUCGGAAAAAUAUAACAUUAUGCCUUCCGCGGGCCUGUUAUUAUUUCCCGAAGAUGUCGAAAAGGACGAUUAUCUGCACAAUCCGGACCCCAAUGAAUCAGACCGAGAAAAGUGCGAUAUAUGGACCAAGAGAGGAAUGACCAAUGUGGGAGGUUUACUUUUCAUCACCCUUGGGGUGUUGAUGUUGUUUGUGGGAUAUCCGGCAUUGUAUGUGCUCAAUGGUAGUGUCAGAUCUCACUUUUCUCUGCUAACUUUAAUUAGAACCUUUGCGCGAAACCUCACCGCAGCAGUGCCAACCGGCUGCGCUGGUGACCCAAUGUGUAUUACGGACCAGGCCCCCGCCAUUAAAAAUAUCAAGAUGACCCUGAUUGAUCCCGACACCCCAGCGGACGCAAUGACUGUCAAGGACAAAUAUGGAAAGACACUUCAAUUGGUAUUUUCGGACGAAUUCAAUACGGAUGGGCGAACCUUUUACGAUGGCGAUGACCCUUACUUUCAAGCUGUGGACAUUUGGUAUGGUGUCACCCAGGAUAUUGAAUGGUAUGAUCCAGAUGCGGCCUCUACUGCCAACGGGAAACUCAACUUGAAGAUGGACGCUUUCCAGAGUCACAACCUCAAUUACCGAUCGGGCAUGUUGCAAUCAUGGAAUAAGCUAUGUUUCAAGGGAGGUAGAUUGGAAGCAAGUAUCUCCCUUCCCGGUCAAGGUGAUCACCAAGGUUUCUGGCCAGGUUUUUGGGCUAUGGGAAAUCUCGGAAGACCUGGAUAUCCUGCGACCACGGAUGGAUUAUGGCCAUACAGUUACGAUGAUGUAUGUGACGCUGGUAUCACUGCAAAUCAAAGUGACCCAGGUGGAUUGAGUUUAUUGCCAGGAAUGAGAUUACCAGCAUGUACUUGCGCAGGCGAGGAUCACCCUUCGCCUGGUAAAUCUCGAUCCGCCCCAGAAAUUGAUGUACUUGAAGCUAGUUCUGGUUUUAUUGGUCCGGGGGAAUUUGACCGGGCGACGGGAACGGUUUCUCAAUCCUUACAAAUCGCUCCAUUCGACAUUUGGUAUCAACCGGAUUACGAUUAUAUGGAGAUUUAUGACCACCAGAUUACAGGAAUGAAUAUCUAUCGUGGAGGUGUUUACCAAGAGGCUCUGUCCGCCGUAACGUGGCUCAACAAUGAUUGGUAUGAUGGCAAGGCUUAUCAAAAGUAUGGAUUUGAAUACGCGAGGGGAGAUACAGGAUACGUCGACUGGUUCGUUGGAGAUGAGUACGUGUGGAUGGCGGAUGCACGAUCUUUACGACCUAACGGAAACGUUGGAAAACGAGUGAUUCCCGAAGAGCCCAUGACCAUCAUUGCCAAUUUUGGUAUGUCGAACAGUUUCGCCCAAGUUUUCUUGCCCAAUUUGGCCGAAGCGAUGCCCGCCACCAUGAGAUUGGACUAUAUUCGAAUCUAUCAAGACCCCAAUGAUAUUUCCGUUACUUGUGAUCCUCCGGGAUAUCCUACCACUCCAUAUAUUGAGAAGCACAAGGAAGUAUAUAAUAACCAGAAUUUGUCCUUAUGGUAUGUCUAACCCACUUAGCUGAUGUGAAACCGUUCUAACCAUUUUGUAGGAGUGAAACCAAUUACACCUGGCCGAAAAAUACACUAGUUAAUGGUUGCACGGCCUAGUGUGUGGUUUAAGGAUGGAGAUUCAAGAUUACAUUUACAUACCCUGUACAAAUUUCGAGCGAGCCGUGUUUUGUGUUUUGUUAUUGAUUUGCUCUCGAAACCCUCGCCUAGGAAUACGAGAAGUGAUACGAAGAUAAUGCGUCAAAAGAUAUAGAAGGCGUUAAUUACCAUUCCAAGUGUUUAUGUUUUUUCUACGUUGCUUUUUUUUUGUCUCCUUCCGAUGGAUUGAUUUGAUUUGAUUGAUCGAGAUUAAAGCGCACACAUAUGUAUACUGUGGCUGUAGGGGAGGGAGGUUGUAACUGCUACUCUACUUGUAUCAUUCAUCUAAUUGCAUAGCGGAAUGCGGCGUUUUGUUGUUUUUUAGGGGGUUGUUAUAUGAAUGAAUAGAAUUAUUAUAUUAUAUUAUAAUU